CGGUAUGGAGCCUUGCUGGAUCUACCGGAGCUUACAUUUCCACAGUUGGAGCGAUAUCUCCAAGACACAACCUCAGGUAUAGUUUGAAAAGCGCGAGCUACUGUGGGGAGAUGCGACUCCACAUUGCAUAGUGUUCUGUGUCGUUCGUACUAGUUGUGUUAUUGUGUGGUUUCCAAACAUAACGCAUUUUAUAUACGUUUAUUGUUGUCCCAGAUGUAUUGUUAGGAUCCAGGGUGAAGUAGAUGCAUUGUUUAACCGUGAACUGAUCGAAGAUCGAAGGGCUUCGGUGAAAUUUGGGGGCUUUAAAUUAUAUCAUUUAUUUUCCAGCCAAGCCAGCCGUUAUCUGCCAGGGACUGAAAUGCACUUAAUCACAUAGCCUACUGAAAAUGUUGUACUUUGAACUUUUGCACUGAGGUGAUCUGUUUUUAACAUUUAUUAAAGUAUAUUGGGCAGUCCUAUUAUUCGGUUUAUGACUGAGUAUGUUGCGAUAAUGACAACAUUGUCCAUUGUGUUUACAGUUAAGUAAUGUUUUGGUAUAGUGGUUCGCUCGCGCUGUAUUGCGCAUGCGCACGUUCAUCUUCAGGGCUUCUUGCUCACUGGUGUCCCCAUGUAAGUCUGCUUCAUUCAAACUAUUUUGGCGGAUUCUGGUUGUUUGUAUCACACAUACUACAUUGUUAUUCCAUACUUCCAUAUUAUUGUAUUUGUAAUGAUAUUAUUACGUUAUUUGUUUAUUGUUAGGAAAUGAGGAAAUGUCUAAUUUAAUGCAUUGUUCUAGUUUUAAUAAAUUAAACCAUAUUGCAUUAUGCACGCCUUUAAUUUUGGUAUUGUACACUGCCCCAGUGUCUCCACUUCAGUGAUGUAUGACUUGUCUCCUCUCUAACGCCCAGGAAGUUCCAAUUCAAACUCCCAUUAGACAGCUCUGUAAGCGUUAUAAUGUCAAAAUACGUUCGUUACUCAGCAAAUAUGGAGUUUCGCUGAGCAACCAUCUUCAUUUACUUCUGCUACAGCCGGUAUGUACUUCCAAAAAAGGUUUAAAUAAAAAUGUACAACCCAUCGAAAUAAAUGCAUAUUCGGCAACUCCAAUCCAAUUUGUAAGUCGCUCUGGAUAAGAGCGUCUGCUAAAUGACGUAAAUGUAAUUACUGGCAUUACUGCCACGCACAGGUCGGAAGUCUACAACAGCUCAUAGAGGUGUCCAAGAUGUAAAUGUUUAUUUAGACCUUUUUUGGAAGUACAUACCGGCCAUAACAGGAGUAAAUAAAGAUAGUUGCUCAGCGACAUUAUAUAUUUGGUGAGUAACUAACGUAUUUUGAAUUUUGACAUUAUAAGGCUUGCAGAGCAGCAGUGGCGGCUCCUGAAAAAAUUCUCAGGGGGGGCAAUUUUUCUGAUGAUUUAGGUGACCUACACACAUUUAAAAAAAGAUAUGUCCAGCAACAACAUGAAGACAGGGGCAGCAUAUAAGUCAAUACUGAUAUACACAUUACUUGCUUCAAAAAGGCCUCAUGGUUGAAUUGGAAAUAUGUGCACCUGAGCAUAAUUCACAACAAGCAAGCAGGAGCUUUUGAUAGAGGCUACUGAAAACAUUGAUGCAAGUUAUUGGUAAUAGGAAAUGUUUAUACACUUCCAUAUUCUGCCCUCUUGUAUAGAUUUGUGAAAAUGAACAGUGAUAGACAUUUUGCCUGAAAACAGAAUUUGAAAAUAAUUUCUAGAAAAGGUAAACACAGCUAUCUGUAUGGCUUUGUAAAAAUGAACAACCAUAUUCUGGCCAAUUGUAUAGAUUUGUAAAUAUGAACAACCAUAUUCUGGCCAAUUGUAUAGAUUUGUAAAAAAAAAGUUUUACUUUUUUUUUUAUGAAAAAUAACUAUUUUAAACAACAUCAACUGUGAACUGAUUUGGGCGUGUGUGUGUUAAAGAGACAGACAGGGAGGGACAAAGAGAGAGAGAGGCUACAUUACUUGUACUGAAACUGUUCUCUUCUCUCUUUCAAUGCAGCAAAGCGGUCAAUGACUUUCUCAUUGAAAUCAGGCAUAAAAUUCAGCUGAUGCACAUAGCAAUGCACGUAAUGGGCAUUCUUGAAAUGCUCACGUACCUUUUGCUGCACACCAGCCUUCUCUCCCCUCAUCACACUGGCUCCAUCGUAAGCUUGCGCAAUGAGUUUGACUCUCAGUUUCAGUCUCUCCAAAAGCACACUGGCGAUUGAGACUGAGGUUGAUUCCGAGAUGGGAAGGAACUCAAAAAAGCGCUCCUGCACUCUGUGGUUGCUAUCUAUGUACCUCAGCACCAGCUGUGUAUGUGUAGAAACGUCCGUGGUCUCGUCAGCUUGGAUAGCUACGAAGUUCGCAGACUUCACCUCCUCCACAAUAUGUUCCCUCAUGACCGCUAGCAUACACUCCAGUAGCUCGUUUUGAAUAGUCUUUGAUGUGAACUUCUUUCAAAGAGACAAUCGAGUUGCACUGAACGCUAUAGCCAUCUUGAUAGUAGUACGUGAAUUGAUUGACGCUGCUACCCGCUCUUUUCUUAGUUACGUUCAUGGUUAUGUUACGUAUGACGAAAGCGCGUAAGUGCAAGCCCUCAGAAACCCAUAGAGAUUGUAUUGAAAGCUCUGAUAUUUGAAAAAAAAAGAUUUUACAUGAGAGGCUAUGAGAGACUUCUGGGCGAUUUUCAACCUGACUGAAAUCGCCCCAAAACGGGCGGGGCCAUUUGAAGCACGACUUUAGCCUGAUUGGACAUUUAGUGGCAGAUCAGACGUCUAGAUUAGAACACUGAUAACUACUGUUGCCGUGAUAUAAUUGAUUAGAAAAAAAAUCCCUUGCUUUUCCCGUUUGGCAGUGCGUCGCCCAUAUCGCCCUAAUGAACACACCGCCCCUGCAGAGCAGUCGAAUCAGAGCUUCCUGGGCCUUAGAGAGGAAACACCUUAUACUCAUUGUCGACAUCUCUAACGCACAGAUACUGGGGCAACCUUGCACAGGAGUUUAUUUAAUAUGUGAAGAAAUGUUUAUUUUGUUAUUGCCCACAGUCAUCAAAACCUAUUUUAAUUCCUUUGUCUCCAUUUGAUAAUAACUAAUGCAAAAGUAAUUAAUUUUAAGUGCUCAUAGUGGACCAAUACCUAUAAAUAUGAUCAAAUGUAGUAGGAUAUGGAUUCGUGACAGUGUGUGAGUGGGAUUCAUAUUCAACAUACACAUGCUGUAGCUGCAUUCGGAAAGUAUUCAGACCCCUUGAGUUUUUCCACAUUUUAUUAUGUUACAGCCUUAAAAUGGAUUAAAUAAAUAAAAAUCCUCAAUCUACAUACAAUACCCCAUAUUAACAAAGCGAAAACUGGUUUUUAGAAAUUUUAGCAAAUUGAUUUAAAAACAAAAAACAGAAAUACCUUAUAAGUAUUCAGACCCUUUGCUAUGAGACUCGAAAUUAAGCUCAGGUGCAUCCUGUUUCCAUUGAUCAUCCUUGAGAUGUUUCUACAACUUGAUUGGAGUCCACCUGUGGUAAAUUCAAUUGAUUGGACAUGAUUUGGAAAGGCACACACCUGUCUAGAUAAGGUCCCACAGUUGACAGUGCAUGUCAGAGCAAAAACCAAGCCAUGAGGUCGAAGGAAUUGUCCGUAGAGCUCUGAGACAGGAUUGUGUCGAGGCACAGAUCUGGGGAAGGGUACCAAAACAUUUCUGCAGCAUUGAAGGUCCCCCAAGAACACAGUGGCCUCCAUCAUUCUUAAAUGGAAUAAGUUUGGAACGAUCAAAACUCUUCCUAGAGCUGGCUUCCCAGCCAAACUGAGUAAUCGGGGGAGAAGGGCCUUGAGCUGACCAAGAACCCGAUGGUCACUCUGACAGAGCUCCAGAGUUUUUCUGUGGAGAUGGGAGAACCUUCCAAAAGGACAACCGUCACUGCAUCACUCCACCAAUCAGGCCUUUAUCGUAGAGUGGCCAGACGAAAGCCACUCCUUAAUAGAAGGCUGAAGACAGCCCACUUGGAGUUUGCCAAAAGGCACCUAAAGACUCUUAGACCAUGAGAAACAAGAUUCUCUGGUCUGAUGAAACCAAGAUUGAACUCUUUGGCCUGAAUGCCAUGUGUCACAUCUGGAGGAAACCUGGCACCAUCCCUACGGUGAAGCAUGGUGGUGGCAGCAUCAUGCUGUGGGGAUGUUUUUCAGCGGCAGGGACUGGGAGACUAGUCAGGAUCGAGUAAAAAAUGAACGAAGCAAAGUACAGAGAGAUCCUUGAUGAAAACCUGCUCCAGAGCACUCAGGACCUCAGACUGGGGUGAAGGUUCACCUUCCAACAGGACAACGACCCUAAGCACACAGCCAAGACAAUACAGCAGUGGCUUCGGAACAAGUCUCUGAAUGUCCUUGAGUGGCCCGUAUUUGAACCCGAUCGAACAUCUCUGGAGAGACCUGAAAAUAGCUGUGCAGCAACGCUCCCCAUCCAACCUGACAGAGCUUGAAAGGAUCUGCAGAGAAGAAUGGGAUAAACUCCCCAAAUACAGAUGUGCCAAGCUUGUAGCGUCAUACCCAAGAAGACUCGAGGCUGUAAUCGCUGCCAAAGGUGCUUCAACAAAGUAAAGGGUCUGAAUACUUAUGUAAAUGUGAUAUUUCAGUUUAUUUUUAAUACAUUUGCAAACAUUUAUAAAAACCUGUUUUUGCUUUGUCAUUAUGGGGUAUUGUGUGUGGAUUGAUGAGGAACUUGUUUUAUUUAAACCAUUUUAGAAUAAGGCUGUAACGUAACAAAAUGUGGAAAAAGUCAAGGGGUCUGAAUAGUUUCCGAAUGCACUGUAUUGGCCUAUACAAUAGGUGAUAUGUGGUUGAGAAACAUUGAUGUUUACCAAAUGGUGUCAUUAUCCCACCUCUCCCCUCAGUUCCAAAGCUCUUGGUGGACCUUCAUGUGAAGUUGUUGAGGAAGAUUGGCAAGUCGGUGUCCGCAGACAGAUGGGAGAAGUACCUUGUGAAGGUAAAUAGAUCUCAGAACAAGGCUGGACAUUUUCUGCACACUCAGAUACAGUUAGGCUUAGCUUUAUAGAUGAAUCAAAUUUCAAUAUAUUACAUUUUUGUAAAAUACAGGCAGUGGCAUGAGUCUGGGCAUUCUGAAUUAUGAUACUGUAGAGGUUAACCAAUGGCUGAUGGAAUGUGUUUCCUUACAGGUGUGCCAUGAGUUCAACAGUACUUGGGCAUGGGAACUUGAAAAUAAAGGAUACAAGGACAUGUCUGUGGAGUGCAAGACUGGAAUCCUCAAAGUAAGGUUGCAAUAUAGCUAUACUUAAGCUAGUUCUGCAUGCAAAGACAUGCAACAUAUAUUUCCAAACAAGAUGCAGGUGGUAAAAAUGUAAGCUGCUUUUCAUGUUCUUAAAUAAGGCCUAUCUUCUGUAUGGUACAAAAGUUAAUUCUCUGAAAAUAGUCGUGCCAGUGGUGGUGGGACAGAACUUGUGCACUUCACCGAAGUGUGUUGUUGUAUUGCAAGUCAUAUUCCAUAAAAAAUAUUACAAUAUAUUUUGUCCAUAUCAUGCAGCCCUACUAACGUAAUUUUCCCCCCCCCAAAGGCAACAUUUCAAAUACUUUCUCUCUGUCUGUCCAGCACUUGUGUGAGUGCCAGUUUGAUGACAAUGUCAAGUUCAAGACUGCAAUCAAUGAGGAGGAUCCCGAUAAGAUGCGGCUUCUCCCUAUUGGCAAGGACAAGGAUGGCCUGAUGUACUGGUUCCAACUUGACCAGGACAACAACGUGAGGGUCUAUGUGGAGGAGCAGGACGACCUGGACGGGUCCUCCUGGAAGUGCAUUGUCAGGUACUGUGGAACUAUUGGCCAGAUGGGAUUCAGGGGAUGAAAGAGGCAUACUGUUGUACUGCAGAGCCUAAAUGUCAACAGUCUUGUAUUCCAGGUGGAUCAUAGAUUACUUGGUUCAUAUGUAAUUUUACCAGAAGAUUACUAAGUUGGAAAGAGUUAUUUGAAUUAUCCAUCUCUAUGCAGAGACAGAAACAGCUUGGCUGAGAUCCUGGCACUGCUGAAGACUCAAAUCGACCCAGCACUGUUGACAAAGAAAGAAGGAGAGGAGGAAGAUGAGGAGAAAAAUAAUACUCGGGGAGAAGGUAGUGUUACAUCAACAAGGCUUGUUACACCAAUAAUGUCAUAUGCCAUCUGUUAUUUGUUGUUUACUCACAAACAUUUUCAUGAUAUUGAAAAAGCAUGAGUUAAGUAAUAUGCCUUGAAUUGGAUCUACUUUGUCAAAAGUAAACAACAUUUAUUUCCCUGACAGAUGCAGUUCUAAAUCUUGUACUUUUAUUUUCUAUGAAUAUAUCAUUCUGUUUAACUGCAAUUCCUAUGUAUACCUUUUCUCCUAUAGGGGAAGUUAAAAAGACAGAUGAUACCUCAGAAGAUGAAGAGGACAAGCCCUCCAAGGGUACAGCUUCCUUAGUCUCCCCAAAAACGGAGAGUACAGAAAAAGAGGAAUCAAAACUAGACGUAUCAGAUGCCAAAUCCCCAUUGAAUGGCCUAAAAGAUGAGUUCGAGUCAAAAAGCCAAUCAGAGAAGCCUAUGGUGGAUGACAAAGUCACCAUUAACACCCAGGCCAUCAAAGAAGAGCCAAUGGAGGUGUCAGAAUCCAAGGAGAGCACAGCCACAAGUGCUACAGAGCCUCUUGCAGAGAAACCUUGUCUGACGCCACAGACAGAACAGACAGAGGAAGCCAAGAGGAAGACUGCAAAGGAACUCCAAAGGGCGAUGAAGAAUGACCAGCAGGCCAAAAUCCCCUUGAAAAAGAGAGAGAUGAAACUUAGUGAAGAUUUUGAUAAUAAUAGUGGCAGUGGCAGUAGUAUUAUUGUGCGAAACCCAUCUGUUGCUCCUGAAGUCGAGGAGACAAGUAAAGAGGUAUCUGAUGCCCAGGUGGGGACUAUGGAGUGUAAAAGUGAUCAAGUGAAUGGUGAUGCUCGGCCUGCCACAGAAAAAAGUGUCAAUAAUGGGUUGAGAGACUCUGCUGAUGGCAAAAAACAGCAAACAAAAGCUGUUGCUGGGGAAGACCGUAAAGGAUCAGAAAUAAACCUGCCCCUGGACAAAGACAAGGAGAAAGGGGAGAUGGCAAGCAACACUGAGGAGCCCAUGGAGGUGGCCAUGGCUGAUGAAACUAGCCUACAGAAAAUUGUUCCAGUAGAAAAGGAAAGCACUGAAGAUUCAGAGGAAGUAAAAAAAUCUGCCCUCAAAGAGGCUAAAUCUCCGUCCCCUCUAAUGACAAAGCCAUUGACUUCAUCUAAGAAUGCAACAAGCCCACCGGAGAAGUCCUCUGAUUGUAAAGAGGAACAAAAAGUCAAGGUAUCCAAGUGGGAUGUAAAAGUGCGUCAUACAGAACACACAACAUCCACAUCAAUAGAAACAGAUAAAAACCCUUCAUCUAGUAAGUCACAGAAACCAGAUGAAACUCAAGGAACAGAUUCAUCUAUUGCCUCUCAAGAGGUAAAGUCAGCUGCCUCUAAGGGAACAGAUAAAACAGUUGUCAAUAAGGACGGUUAUUCUCUUUCUGUAGUGAAAGAGAUGGAAAAACCAACCGUCACAGAAAAGCGGUCGAAUCCUAAAAACCCAGAAACCUCAGUCAUCGCUAAACAAACCGGGAGACCUGACCCCAUUACAGAGAAACCAGACCGCUCUAAACGCACAGAGAUGCCAGCAGUCAUAAAAAAUACAGAGAAACCACCUUCUAACAAAGAGGGUGUAGAGAAAUGUGAUGUUUCUAAAGAUAUCAAAACAUCUUCUGUAAUGAAAAAGACAGAGAUUUCAGAGAAGAGUAAAGAUGCAGAGAACUUGGCCAGCUCUAAAGAGACCAAUACGUCGUCAGUCAUUAAAAAGGCAGACAAACCAGUUCCCAAUAAAGAAGCAGAGAAACUGGAGAGCACUAAAGAGACUGACAAAUCGUCUGUCAUUAAAAUGACAGUGAAAGCAGAGGCAUCUAAACAUACAGAGAAAUGUGAUAACCCUAAAGACAUUGAAAUGUCAGCUGCCACCAAGGAGAAAACUGCUGUCAGUGCUGAGAUGAAGAAAAAAGCUGUCCUGGAGAAAGACGCUGAGAAAACGGCUAUCUGUAAAGAUGAAAUGAGAACUGUUGCUAAAGCGACUAAGACACAAUCUGGCCCAAAAGAUGUGGAGAUGGCAGACUUCUCUGAGAAAACAACCCAGUCACAACUGGAUGAACCCAAAAAGGUAGAGAAAUUGGCUACCCCUAAAGAUGCUGGGAAAUCAGCUACCCCUAAAGACACAGAGAAAUGUGCUGAAUCAGCAACGCCUGAAGACGCAGAGAAAUUGGCUACUCUUAAAGAUGCUGUAAAAUCGGCUACCCCUAAAGUUGCUGAGAAAUCGGCUAAAAACACAGAGACGAUCUUUAAAAAGAUUGAGAAAUCUUCCAGGGGACAGAAACCAGACACCUCUAAAGAAACUGAGAAACUGGCAGACACAAAGCCAGGUGCAGAAAAAGGAGAGAAACUUGUCACCUUUGAGGAUGCCAAGCAAUUACCCUCUCUCAAAGAGUCUGUCCCAGUGGAGGGGAAACAGGAGGAGCCUAUGGAAAUAAGUUCGGAAAAGUCAACCGAUGACAACGUAAAGAUCAAGGGACAUGCUGAAAAAGGCUGGCCAAAAAAGGCUGUUAAAAGUGGAGAGAAGUGUGAGCUCAAAGACACAAAGCUCAUGGACUGUGAUGCACCAUCAGAAAAACCGGCUGCUAGUAAGAAGGCAUCAUCUCUCACAGAGACUGAAGGUGAGACAGACGAAAGCCAGGACAAAGUAAUCAAGGAAGAUGCCACAACACAGGGAUGCCCUCAAAAAGAGGAUGGGAGGAAGGACGAUCAGGCUAAGAAAGAUGACAAAAAGGAGGAUGAUCAAGCCAAGAAAGAUGACAAAAAGGAGGAUGAUGGGGCUGAGAAAGAUGACAAAAAUUCAACGGUAGCAGAGAAAUCGGGUCAGGCAAAAGCAAGUGAAGGGUCUGAGGAAGAUGAGAACAAGAACAAAGAGGAUGAGGACAAGAGUGAAAAAAAGGAUGCAGGGACAACAUCAGAGAUCCAAGAGGAGGGAAUUCGCCUGAAAAUACGUGGGAUUACCCACCGGAGGAGAGCUGAGCUCCAGAGAGAGGAGAGGGACUCUGGGUCAGAUACUGGUGAGACUGGGAGAUCCCUGAGAAGGUCACCCAGGAUCUGCAGGCCGACCGCUAAGGGGGUGGAGUUCCAGGACAGGAGGCUGGAGAAGAAAGAGGCCUCACCCCCUUUAGAGAAGGGUGACGAUGAGGAGGAGAAAACUGUUCAAAGGAAGCCAAGAGAGAAGGUUGAUCAAGAUGGGCUGUACAAAUCUAAGGUAAGUUCUUUCAGUAACUGCAGAUAUUUCUACAUUCAUAUUACACAGGUGGAUUGUGAAUACAUGUUUUUGGAUCAACAGCAUAUUUUAGAUCAGGGAUUCACACAGUGUCAGCCUUCAGUAACUUACGUGUAUGCUGUCCUACAUUAGCCUUAUGAAACCCAAAAGGUAGAAUGUCUGUUUUUAUGAUUUGGCUGUCAAGAUGACAUCUUUUGUUUUCAGGGGCGACGGAGGAGAAAGACCCGGUGGUCCAACACUCGAACACAGAGGCGCAAAAAGAAUGGUUCUGGUGAAGAUGAUGAAAGCGAGUGGAGCGAAGAGGAGAGCGAGGAGGACAACAGUGAUGAGAGCUUUAAGGUGGAGAGGGGCAAGAGGAGGAGGAGGAACAGGAACAGAGAGAGGCACAAUGACGACUCUGACACCUCCUCGGAUGAUGACCUCCCUCCUAACGAUGACCCCUGCAAACACUGCGGCCUCCCCAACCAUCCUGAGCUGGUGGGUCCUGAAAACGUGAUCCCCAUUUUCUCAUCUCAAUAAAUGGCAUAUAGUUGUGAUAAUUAUAAUGGAAUUGCCCACAUGGUGGGCUGCAGGGUUGGGGUCAAUUUCACUUAAAUUCCAGUCAAUUCAGAAUGUAAAUCAAAUUCCAAUUCCACAUUUUUCUUAUUUAAAUGCAUUGAAGAUCAUUUAAAUUUGAAUUUCAGUGUACUUCCUGAGUUUAAAUGGAAUUGACCCCAACCCUGGUGGGCUGUCAUCAUGGUUAUACUAUAUUCAUAAUAUGUAUCUACACUGACAGAUAAGACUACAAUAUAAUGUGUUCCAGCUAAUACACCUUCGUGUUCCCCUCACAGAUCUUGCUGUGUGACUCGUGUGACAGCGGCUACCACACGGCCUGCCUCAGACCCCCUGUCAUGAUCAUCCCAGACGGGGAGUGGUUCUGUCCACCCUGCCAACAUGUAAGUAACCACCAGAUAGUAAACAAUUGGUAGUUGCACUACAGUUUGGAUGCUAGCCACGUUACUGUGUUUUAAACGAAUGGCUUGCUUUAUAUGUGUGGUAUUAUUUGUCAUUCUUACCCCUCUCUCCUCGUGAUCCCUGCAGAAGCUGCUCUGUGACAAGCUUGAGGAGCAGCUUACUAAUCUCGAUGCUUCCCUGAAAAAGAGGGAGCGCGCUGAGCGACGGUAUCAACCUCUGAACCAUGACCCUUGGUGUAAAACAGCAAAUGACAACAGGAAGAUAAUGUAGCUCAUAAAAAGUUGUUUUAAAUUAUUGUAUUUUCUCCCUCCAGAAAAGAGCGGUUGGUCUAUGUUGGAAUCAGUGUUGAAAACAUCAUCACUCCCUCGGUAGGCAGCAUUUGGUUGCUAUGGUUAUACCAUCAUGAAAGUCAAUUGCAACACAUCCAGAAUUGUGUUUGUAGGACAUCUGUGUAAGAUGGUCUGUCACACUGUUCACUGCCUAGUCUAGAUUGAUGUUUGCUUCCUAUAUUGUACUGUGAACUGACACAUUGCCAACUCUCAUUUUCAGUUGGAGGUAGAGGAAGAAAAGGAGGAAGAGGUGGUGAAGAAGGAGAAGAAAGAGAAGAAAGAGAGAACCAAGAGCUGGGGUCGAAGGUCGACAAGGGCAAAGAAAAGCAUAAGCUACAGGUAUGACGUCUGUACUAAACUCAUGGUUAUCAGAACAUUGUACAGUGAGGGAAAAAAGUAUUUGAUCCCCUGUUGAUUUUGUACGUUUGCCCACUGACAAAGAAAUGAUCAGUCUAUAAUUUUAAUGGUAGGUUUAUUUGAACACUGAGAGACAGAAUAACAACAAAAAAAUCCAGAAAAACGCAUGUCAAAAAUGUUAUACAAUGAUUUGCAUUUUAAUGAGGGAAAUAAGUAUUUGACCCCCUCUCAAUCAGAAAGAUUUCUGGCUCCCAGGUGUCUUUUAUACAGGUAACGAGCUGAGAUUAGGUGCACACUCUUAAAGGGAGUGCUCCUAAUCUCAGUUUAUUACCUGUAUAAAAGACACCUGUCCACAGAAGCAAUCAAUCAAUCAGAUUCCAAACUCUCCACCAUGGCCAAGACCAAAGAGCUCUCCAAGGAUGUCAGGGACAAGAUUGCAGACCUACAAAAGGCUGGAAUGGGCUACAAGACCAUCGCCAAGCAGCUUGGUGAGAAGGUGACAACAGUUGGUGCGAUUAUUCGCAAAUGGAAGAAACACAACAGAACUGUUAAUCUCCCUCGGCCUGGUGCUCCAUGCAUGAUCUCACCUCGUGGAGUUGCAAUGAUCAUGAGAACGGUGAGGAAUCAGCCCAGAACUACACGGGAGGAUCUUGUUAAUGAUCUCAAGGCAGUUGGGACCAUAGUCACCAAGAAAACAAUUGGUAACACACUACGCCGUAAAGGACUGAAAUCCUGCAGCGCCCGCAAGGUCCCCCUGCUCAAGAAAGCACAUAUACAGGGCCGUCUGAAGUUUGCCAAUGAACAUCUGAAUGAUUCAGAGGAGAACUGGGUGAAAGUGUUGUGGUCAGAUGAGACCAAAAUCGAGCUCUUUGGCAUCAACUCAACUCGCCGUGUUUGGAGAAGGAGGAAUGCUGCCUAUGACCCCAAGAACACCAUCCCCACCAUCAAACAUGGAGGUGGAAACAUUAUGCUUUGGGGGGGGGGUUCUACUAAGGGGACAGGACAACUUCACCGCAUCAAAGGGACGAUGGACGGGGCCAUGUACCGUCAAAUCUUGGGUGAGAACCUCCUUCCCUCAGCCAGGGCAUUGAAAAUGGGUCGUGGAUGGGUAUUCCAGCAUGACAAUGACCCAAAACACACGGCCAAGGCAACAAAGGAGUGGCUCAAGAAGAAGCACAUUAAGGUCCUGGAGUGGCCUAGCCAGUCUCCAGACCUUAAUCCCAUAGAAAAUCUGUGGAGGGAACUGAAUGUUCGAGUUGCCAAACGUCAGCCUCGAAACCUUUAUGACUUGGAGAAGAUCUGCAAAGAGGAGUGGGACAAAAUCCCUCCUGAGAUGUGUGCAAACCUGGUGGCCAACUACAAUAAACGUCUGACCUCUGUGAUUGCCAACAAGGGUUUUGCCACCAAGUACUAAGUCAUGUUUUGCAGAGGGGUCAAAUACUUAUUUCCCUCAUAAAAAUGCAAAUCAAUUAAUAACAUUUUUGACAUGCAUUUUUCUGGAUUUUAUUGUUGUUAUUCUGUCUCUCACUGUUCAAAUAAACCUACCAUUAAAAUUAUAGACUGAUCAUGUCUUUGUCAGUGGGCAAACGUACAAAAUCAGCAGGGGAUCAAAUACUUUUUUCCCUCACUGUAUGUGUGUGUGGCUGGUCUUUAUUUAUUGUUUCAGUAUGGUGGCUGAUAAAUUCCCUGAAUAAUUUCAAAGUCUUGUUUGCAGGUUUGAUGAAUUUGAUGAGGCUAUUGAGGAGGCAAUUGAAGAAGACAUCAGAGAGGCUGAUGGUGGAGGUAGGAAGACAUUAUGGAAUAUGGCAACAAAGUCCCAGAAUUAUGAAUUUCAUUCAAUAGUUUAUGCCGCGUCUCUUAGUUUUAUUGAUGUUCUGAAAUUAUUUUUGGCUGCAUCAUUUCAUCUGUGCAACCAUGGUGUUUGCGCAGAUGCCCUAAUAAUUGUGCACUCCUUUAAUAAGGUUACGAAGAGUCAAGUCUGAGGCUGCAUUUCAUCCUAAGAUAGAUGUUCCCUCCUCUCUGCCCUCAUAUCCAUAUCCACUCCUAUCAGAUCUGUCAAGAAGAGUAAAGGAGGGAUUUUCCCUGAAUGAAAUGCAGCCUCAGAGCCUUUUUAACUCAUGUAGCCUGCAAACAAUCUUUGUGUUCCUGUUUGAUUGGGUCUAAACAUUAACGUGUGUUACCCUCUACAGGAGCUGGUCGAGGCAAGGAUAUGGCCAACAUCACAUGCCAUAGCAGAGGGAAGGACAUGUCCACCAUCCUGGCAGCAGGAGAGGGUGGCGAGGGCAAGGAGAACGGGCGCCCGCCGCGGCCCAAUGCCGGCCAGCGCAGGAAGAAGCGUCGGCGUCUCAACGACCUGGACAGCGACAGCACUGUGGAGGAGGAGGAGAGCGAGGACGAGUUCCGUCUCAGUGACAGGUAGGUUCAUUAGGGAAGUGGGAGGUAGGGGUUCAUAAAUCAGAACAGGGAGGACAAGGUUGUGUUCAUAGGGCACCAAAUGGAAGACAACGGACUGAAACGCGGAGGGACUACCUGGACUUUUUCGUUUUCCACUGCAAAACUUUUUUAAACGUUUCCCAUUUUGUGCCAUAAUGAACACAAGCCAAGGUUCCACUUCAUUGACAGCUAUUACAGCCACAAAGGUGUGACACAAAGGGGUGUUGUUGAAUUAAUUUGUCACUCAUUCUUCUCUCUGUUUUUUCUCUCUCUCCACUGCACACCUUUUCGUGUAGUACGGAGGAAGAGGAGUUUGUGGCGUCGGACAAGAGCGACGCAGAGAGCGAAGCGGCAGUCGUCUCCAACGACGACAGCGACUUCGGCAGCACACAACGCAGAACCGCCAGAACAAGGAGGCCGGCCAAACGUCAGAGGAGCACUCAGCCGCGACGGCGCCGCAGACCGCGAGGGUACUCAGACGAUGAAGAGGAGACGAGUGAGGAAGAUGAGGAAGAAAUGGGUACAUUGGCAUCGUCAUUUCCUCUGUGGUUUGAAGGGACAUUACACUCCAGAAUCAAACUUUGUUCGAUGUUUUCAGAUCUCAAAAGUGGUCUUCUCUUGAGACAAGUUCCAGGCUAUCUGUUUUGUAGAUUAAGCUUUAUGCCAUAAUCCAAAAUGAAUAAAUAAGAGCGUCUGCUAAAUGACUAAAAUGUAAAUGUAAAUGAAUUGAAAAGGUCCUGAUUUGUAGCGCUUAUCAGUUCCAUUCAUUUGGGGUUGAGGCCUUCAGUACACUGGUUAGACACAGCCAAUUGUGUGGGGGACGUGGAUCCAUCUUUAGAUUUUAAGGUCUGAAAACAUCUGCCAUAAUGACAUUUGGAGUGUUGAUUUUGUAAUUGUCCUUUUAAAAACCAAUAGGUAUGUGGUGGCAUCCCUGUGAUGUGGCUCUCUUUCUGUGUUGACCUGUGUAACUAGUGUCAGAGGGCUCCAGCGAGUUUAGCGACAGCGACCUGGACUGUAGCCGACGCCGAUCCCGCCGAAGUCAGACGAAGAAGCAGGUCAACUACUGCGAGUCGUCCGGCGACUCCGACGGCUCCAAGGCCAACACAAACCGCGACAAAGUCAAACCGCGGCGGCGCCUCGCCAGUUCAGACAGCGAAGGUCAGCCAGACGUUUUUUUCUAAACAUGUACUCUUUGCCUCAUCGACACCGCCAUUAGCGUAGGUUCUCUGUAGGAUGUGUGUCAACUGUAGUUAGUUGGCUCAUUAAUUUGUUUCUUUAACGUGUCCUCACUUGCUGUUACUUUAACUGAUAUUAACAAUAUGGUUUUAGCUAACGUCCUCUGUUUCCAUGUGCCUGGUUCUUUCAGCGAGCUCCUCCAGAGGCUCAGACGACAGCGAGAGGACUAGGUUGAAGAGGAGGGCCGACUCAUCCGAGAAAGAGUCCCAGCAGCACCGCAGACGGCUCUCGCUGAAACGGCGGCGAGCCUCCGAGGAGGACGAUGACGACCACGAUUCCGAUGAAUCAUCGGAGGGAGAACGUCCGGUCCGCAAGCGUGUGAACCGCAUCGACUCGGAUGACUCUGACAAGGAGGAGGAGAAGGAGAAGAAAGAAACCAAGGAAGAGGAGGAAGGGGGGGUGCUGGGGAAGGGAGCCAGCCCGUUGGACUACAGCCUGGUGGAGCUGCACCCCCCCACCAACGGACAGAGUCCCAUCAAGGCCCUGGAGGGCCUGGCUCACAUUGGGCCCCAAAAGCCUGGGGCCACAGCUGUCGCCAUAGCGCCCAACGGACUGGAGUUGGCACCACAGGAUGAUGAUGAGGAUGACCUGCUGGGGGUCACAGACCUGGUGGACUUUGUCUGCAACAGUGAUAUGUUG